AUGUUAGGUCGCUACUCCAUUGAACAAUUCUCCUUCAUGGCGGACGCCAUCAACAAGGAUACCGGCAAGUCGAUCAACUUCACCAUCAACGGAGACAUGUCGAGCUUCACCAUUCGCUUCCAGGAUAAUGAAGAAGAGGAAGAAGCGGAGGCUACUCAAGUUCUUCUAACCGUUGCUGUUGCCGAGCCAUUCGCCACAGAAGUUGCCGCUGUCGCAGCCAUCCCUUCCCCCACGGCCGAAAGUCUGUCGGAAUAUUCGGAGGAAUUGUCAGCUGAUGAAGGAACGGACGAUGAAGGAACGGACAAGUACGGCAUGGAACAGGAAGUAGAGUUUCUUACCACAGGCUUGGACUCUAGCGUCAACAUCUUGGAUAUGACCGAUUCCAGCUCUGAUUACUCGGAGUUGCUGAGAAGAAGAAGGUCAAGAAGCCUACUGCCCGCAACCUAA